AUGCUGGGGACCGUCCUGCUGCUGCUGGCCCUGGCCAAACCGGCGUGCCCGAGCCCAGCGGGCGUGGCGAGCCGGCGAGCUGAGGCGCUGAAAAAGCUGCUGGAAGUCUUCGGCAUGGAAGACCCUCCGCCCCCCCCGGCUCACUUCAAGAAGCCACCCCAGUACAUGGUGGAUCUGUUCAACACCGUGGCCAACGCGGACGGUGUCACCAAGAACCCCGACAUCCUGGAGGGCAACACCGUUCGCAGCUUCCUGGAUAGAACUCACAGCAAGGAGAUGCAGUUCCUGUUCGUCCUCUCCAGCGUGGCCAAGAACGAGAAGAUCCUGACGGCAGAGCUGCACCUCUUCCGCCUCUGGCCGAGGGUCACAGAUGGACCCAAAAGGCACCACUUCUGCCAGGUCAGCGUCUACCAGGUGCUGGAGAAGGAAAACCCAGACACCCCUGGAGGGAAGAAGCUGCUGGCAGCUCGGCUCGUCUCACUGCAGACCUCGGGCUGGGAGGUCUUUGCCAUCACGCCGGCUGUUCGUGACUGGACCGAAGACGAAAGCAGCAACCAGGGUUUGCUGGUGACAGUCCAGAGUCUGGGGGGGACCCCGCUCGACCCCCCACCACUGCAGUUUGCCUCUGGCCGGGACCACCACGAGAGCAAGAGGCCCCUGUUGGUGCUGUUCACAGACGACGGGCGCCGGGGAGCGUCGCUGCCCACGGGCAGCUUCUCAGGUGAGUCCCACCCUCAGUCCCCCGAUCUCCCCGCCGAGGUGCCGGUGCCCAAACCAGCGGGGUCGCGCAGCACGCGCUCGCUGGACCGGCUCCAGCCCUGCCGGAAGCAUCCCUUGUCCGUGGACUUCGAGGAGAUCGGCUGGUCGGGCUGGAUCAUCUCCCCCCGGGGGUACAACGCCUUCCACUGCAAGGGCUCCUGCCCCUUCCCGCUGGGUGAGAACAUGCGGCCGACGAACCACGCCACGGUGCAGUCCAUCAUCAACGCCCUGAAGCUGAGCGAGGGCGUCAGCAGCCCCUGCUGUGUGCCCGACAAGCUCUACUCCAUCAACCUCCUCUACUUCGAUGACGACGAGAACGUGGUGCUCAAGCAGUACGACGACAUGGUGGCCGCGAGCUGCGGCUGCCACUGA